AUGGAUGAAUCUGGCUGUUUUUUUAAAGCCUUACCAGAUAAAGGAUUAGUCUCAAAAGGAAAACAAGCAAAGGGUGGCAAAAAAUCGAAACAAAGAUUAACUGUCGCUUUUUUUGUCAAUGCAGCUGGCGAAAGAUCUUGGAUGACAUCGGAUGUCAUGGGAACCGUAUUGACACGUUUUAACAGAAAGGUAGUACUCGAAGAUAGAAAAGUGAUCCUUUUUCUCGACAAUGCUCCCUGUCAUCCAGAAUCCAUUAUUGGCCAAUUCUCGCAGAUCAAGAUCGUCUUUUUACUGAAAAAUACAACUUCGAGGUUGCAACCACUAGAUGCAGGCAUCAUUCAAAAUUUCAAGGUCAAAUAUAGAAAAAGACUUGUUAAAUACGUAUUGGCAAGAAUCCAGGAGAACACAUCAGCAACUAAGAUUGUCAAGGCUAUCAACGUGCUUGUUGCUAUUCGCUGGAUACAAGAUGCGUGGAAAGAAGUAUCCAGCUCGACAAUCAAAAAUUGUUUUCAGAAAUGUGGCAUCAAAAGAGAUAGCGAGGAGAUAGAAGAAAAUGACGGAGAUGAUGAUUUGGAGUUUGAGGCACUUAAAUCGAUUGGCGACAGAAGGUCAGAGAUUUCUGAGGACGACCAAGAUGACGAGGAUAAUGACGACUAUGGGCCAGAACAAGAAGAGCAGAUGAGCUGCAAAGAAAUCAUCACAACGUUGGACAAAAUGCGCCGUUGUACCGUCUUCGAUGAAGAAAGUCAAAAAAUGCUGACGGCAGUUACAAAAAAGAUUGAGAAUCUACAAAUUAAAUGCAAGAAGCAAGCCUCUAUCAAAGACUUUUUCAUGUAA